AUGGUGAGCUGCAGCACCGAGGACACUGCAGAACAAGGUGUCCAAGAUGGGUGGCAUAUCAAACCAGAAGUAUAUGAUUUCGCCUUUAACUCGACUAAUGUGACUCAUUUUGUCUACGGCGUUGCUGCCAAUGCAGUUGCUGUGUUAUUGUACGGAAGCAACUACGUUCCUGUUAAAAGAAUCGAAACUGGAGAUGGGAUGUUCUUCCAGUGGGUCAACUGUGCAGCCAUAUGGUUGGUUUCCAUGGUGGGAGACUUGAUGCUUCAUUCACCCAAAUUCUACCCCUUGGCCAUGCUCGGAGGGGUGAUUUGGGCCACAGGGAACAUCGCAGUGGUUCCAGUUCUGAAGGCGAGCGGUCUGGGCCUUGGGAUUGAUUGGGGAUCCUGUAGUCUGCUGAUGGGCUGGGCCAGUUCAAGGUUUGGCUGGUUUGGAAUUGCUGUUCCGGAAGUUUCAAGGCCAGUGUUAAAUGACUGUGGAGCCGGGUUGUGCAUGGCCAGUGGGUUCAUCUUUUUCUUUGUGAAAACUAACGCGCAGCUGCAUCCAUAUUCAGAAUCCACACCACUACUUUUCGAUAGAAGAGCUAAUUCAGGCAGCUACGGGCUAAGUUCCCCUGAGUUCUGGAUUGACACAGUCCGACCAAAGACCAGGCGAUUCAUCGGCUGCCUGCUUGCCGUCGUGUCUGGCCUAUUAUAUGGAUCUUCAUUUGUUCCCAUCCUCUACAUUAAGAGCCAUUCAUCAUCCCCUGACAGCGUAUUCUACGGCGCAAGUGUUUAUGACCUUGACUACGUUUACGCCCAGUGCUCCGGCAUCUUUCUCACCAGCACCAUUUACUUCACCAUCUAUUGUUGUGCCAUGAAUAACAAGCCUAGAGUUUACUCCAGAGCGGUCCUACCAGGUCUAUUGUCGGGGCUGAUGUGGGCACUGGCCACCUACUGCUGGUUUCUAGCUAAUAACUACCUGAGUGCAGUCAAUACUUUCCCUAUUGUCAGCGCAGGAUAUGGUCUGGUUGCAGCGCUGUGAUCCUUGGUUUUCAGAGAGAUCAGGGGCUUUGCCAACUGCUUUCUCUUCGUCUUUGGUCUGUGUGUCGUCAUGGCUGGAUCUUUGCUGAUUGCGUUCUCAAAGUUCGGAUGA